GAGCCAUACCUGUUCAGGAGCAUAUCCCACAACUUUUGGGCGAAAGGUGGCAUACAAGCACACCCUGAAUAACCACUAAUUCACCUAGCUUUGUUCUUAAUUUCAAAACACAUAAUUCAGAAGAAAUAGUUAUGUACUGUGGUUGAACUCACGGGGAAAUACAAAACUACAAAACGAAAUCUUUAUCUAUCUCCAUUGGUUUCACAAAACAUUGAAUGUAUUAGAAUUUGCUUAAUAACAAGACAGACUAGCAUGAAAAUGAAGACAAUGUUGGCCACCAUCAAAUGAAAGUGACAUACGUUCUAAAAUAGAUGUCAUUAGCAUCAUUAAGUUCCUGUCAUUGUCAGCUUUGUGUCAAGGGCGGGAGAAUUGGUUACUUCCGGCUUCCCCUGUUUCCGAGGAAACCCCCAAACAUGGCUGACUAUUCAAAGGAAAAACAAACAAAAAAGUAAAGUCGAGAGAGCGACGUUAAGACGGAAGAACGGUCAGGUUGAGUGAGGGGUUUGCUUUGUGACAACACAGCAACGAAUUCGCUUCCUCGACUAACUCUCGCUAGGCAAGUAUGGGAAUGUAUUUCAAUAUGUGCGAACAAGUGAAUAUACUGUAACACACUGUAAAAAGUUUUACGAAAGGUCAGCCACGUUGAAUGUUUGCAGGUUCUUCUUUCAAAAGAACAUGGAAGAGGUGGACAAUGGAUGUGAAUGGGACGUGGCGUCUGACACAUGUGAACAGACAACUGACCAGCUUAGCUCUGAUGAGGACACGGAUGGCAAGGAAGAGCAUGAGUUGAAGAUGGAUGACUUGAAGGAUGAAGAAGCAGAGGAGCUUCCUGAUCUGGAGUGGUUAGAAGAAUUGUACAAUUGCAAUUUCAUUCUGCUGACACCCACCACCCCUGCCCCCAAAAGUGAGAGCGAGAGUGAUGAUGACCUUGCCUGUGAGAGUGGUGAUGAGAAGGAGAGGACUUUUUCAGCGACAGCACGGAUGUUCAAGCUGAGACGGAACCUAGACCAGCUGGACAACUUCCACAGGCAGAAGGAGUGCGCUCUACUGAAAGCCAGAGAAGACCUUAACCUCUUACGUCAGAGCAUUGAGAGUUUACUGGAGCAGCGGGAUGUCUUGGAGCAAGAAAUAGAACAUCAAGAAGCAGCAGAGAACAGCGUGGCAGUUACUCGUUUGCGGGCUCAGCAUAGAAAUCUGUGUUAUGAGCUGCAGAGGGAAGAAGAGAUUGAGACCCAUACCAACAAUGAGCUGAGGCAACAAGAAUUAGAGCUGAGUGAGGUUGAGCUGGAGGUUGGCAAGUUCUCCGUGUUGCGGCAGGAGGUGCAAGAAGAAGAGCGGGUCUUCAAGGUCUUCAAAGCCCAGAAUGCAGUGAAAAGGCUGCAGCAGGAGAAGAACAACAGUCGUACCCUGCAGCGAAAGAUUCAACAUCUCAAAAAGAAAAAUGUAGACGUGUUGGAGAAAACGGGCACUCUGAGCCAGAAGAAAAAGGAAGAUGGCCAGGCAAACCGCAAAGUCGGGGCUAAAUACUUGAGGGAAACGGUCAGAAGAAUGCAACAGCAGGAGGCUGAGAGAGAACAGAGGAAGAGAGAGUCAAUGCAAAAGAGAAUAGAGGCUGUCAAGUUACUCAAAUCCAACAUUGAAGCGACCCAAGAAAACCUACGGGUCAGACAGAGCCGAGCCAAAGCAAACGCCCUGAAGAAAGAACGACAUGAGAAACGUCUGAAAGAAACCCUGCAGGCCCAAGGCAUCAACAGCACCAGGCACAUAUACCAACAGAAACGAGACGAGGAGAUGAAACAAAAGCAAGAGGAAUUCAAGGAGAGACAGAAAGCGAGGAGAGUAGAGAUUGUGGACAAACUCCUCGAGGAGCAGCUGGUGAAGAGUAGGAAAGCACAAGAGGCACCGUUACCAAAAACCAAAACCGGUCACAAGAUCCUUUCACCAGGCAGGAUACGAGAGAAGCUCCUGCGUUACCUGGAUUCUGUGCACCCGUCAGGCACAGAGAGAGAGACAACACAGUUAAGAAACUUAAGCGCUAGCGGCUCAUCGUCAGACUCGGAGUACCAGGAAGACAUCAUUCAAAAGGAAAUGCAGCACCUGAGCCUUCCAGACAGCCUGGAAGAGCCCGAGUUCUGUGGGCUGUGGGACCAAAACUUCAAGCCGCCCAUGAAUGAGAAGACAACGUUGACACCAACAGAUGUGAAACGAGAACAUGCAGUGGUCUGCCCAAAGCUUAGCACAACCCCCAAGAAAGUUGGCGGAAAACAGAUAAAAGGGCCUUCAUUCACUAGUAAACCAGAAGUCAUUCUAUUUAAGGACUUUGAAGUGGGAGAAACCUAUAAAAAGAAAGUAAUCCUGACAAACAUCAGCUACAUCACUAAUCACUGCAAGUUUCUUGGGAUCUCUGCUCAACUGCAGGAUUUUAUUAUGAUCAACUUUCAACCUCCUGGUCCGUUAUCGACUGGGAUGUCCUGUGAAAUGCACAUUACUUUCCAUCCUUCGAUCAAUGAAGACCUGGAAGGAGAGGUUGACUUUGCCUCAGCAGCAGGUCGCUUCUCUGUGCCUGUCAGGUGCACCAUCAAGAGAUGUGAUUUGGAGGUCGACAACCAGUUUAUUGACUUUGGUUCGCAUGUAGUGGGCCAAACUAUUUCACGGACGAUCACCUUGACCAACAAGGGCGCCCUUGCAACUCGCUUUAGCCUGGAUACUACAAAGCCCGUUCCAGAAAUUCACCAGGUCCAGAUGCCAUCCCAUCGCUCGGCCGACACACAGCAGGACACAUCCACGCUCAACACCGAUCAAACCCAGAGCACGGCAUCCACCAGAGAAGUACACAGUAUGGAUCGUAUUUUGGACAGGUCGACUGUAUCCCGGAAAAGUCAACGAGAAUCACGGGUUUCAACUCCAGAUCCAAGAGCUGCUUCUGUGUCUUCCAGCAUGCAUUCCCAGAUCCCUGAGGCCCUGUCUGAUACCUGUGACAUACGUAUUGGGAAUGUAAGAGAAGGGGAUAUUGGACCUUUUGAAAGUGUCAAACUAGAGAUAAUAUUCUCUCCGACUGUUCCCGGAGAAGUCAAAUUGGACCUCUACAUCAAAUUUUCGGAUCCGACCAGCUGCCCUAUAGCCAUCCUGGUGAAAGGUGAGGGAGCGGGCCUCCCAGUGUGGGUAGUGGAGCCUAAUAUUGACAUGAAGAUCUGCAUGUUUGACCGCCUUUAUCAAGAGGUUGUCACACUCCAAAGCAGCACCAGCACAGCCUUGAAGCUUACUUUUGACCUGUGGCCGGAGAUGAGGAAACACAUAGAGAUCAUACCGAGGACGGGCUUUCUCCAGGCUCAGUCAAGUUUCACCGCUCACCUCAAGUUUGUGCCAAGGAACACCUUACCCCAAGAUGCUAACAAGUAUUUUGACAGUGCUACUGGUGUCCUGGAGGUUCCAAUGACAGUGCAAGUUGCAGGGCAGGUGCAGCCUGUCAUUUACACAGUCCAAGCAAUUGUGACAUCGUCCGACUUGAAGUUUGGCCAGAGCGAGGUGGACUUUGGAUAUUGUUCUAUUUACCAGUCAGUCAAAAGCAGCGUACGCCUGACCAACAUGUCGCUACUCCCUCAAGAAUUUGGUUUUGUUGGCCUUCCAGAGUUCGUCGACGUCCAACCUAACGAUGGCUUCGGCACGCUUCUCCCGCAAGAAACACUGGAGAUUGAUGUGAUUUUCAGCGCUAACAAAGCAAAAGAGUACCGUUUCCAUCUCAGCUGUAAAUCCGGAAUUAAUAGAGUUUUUCCCUUGGCUUGCCGUGCCAUGGGUGUCUGCCCGACGUUGGCGCUCUCCCAUUCCCUGGUGCAGUUUGGACCCACGGCGGUCGGCGACCACUCCACUGCGCUCCUUUACCUCACCUAUAACCAAACCGUGCGAAACCAGUCCAAACAACGACCCUCUGCUGGGGCCAGACUGUUUUCCUUCACCCCACCUCAAGACUCCAGCAUCAUAAUCACUCCCGCGGCAGGACGCCUGCUGCCUGGGAAGAGGUGUUUGGUCCUGGUCACUUUUAAUCCCAAAUUGGAAGAUCGGGAUAUCAAGGAAGAGGCCCUGCGGCUCCUUCUCAAAGCCAAGCAGACCAAGGAGGACUCUAAAAAGCUCCUUGAAGAGGAGGCUAAAAGGGACGCGGAGCCCAGCAAAGGGAAGAAAUUGUCCAAGGCCAGUAAACUGUCAGAUUUCUCCUCCAAAACAUCAACCCCAGUCGAGACACCGCCACCUGACAACAUAGAGGCGGGAGGUCAGAGGUUUGAGGAGGCGAGGGCAUCUCUGCUGCACUCCUUCACCUCACGCUACAGUGAGUACACUAUCCCUUGUUUCGUGUCAGAUGGUGACCCUCCUGAGGAAGACAGGCAAGCCCAGCCAACAUGGAGUCCUCUCAAUACAGUCUACUUGAAGCUUCAAUGUCCUGCCAUACAGCCUCCUCUAGUGGUGGUCUCCAGCAAUAUCAGAAAUUAUGCCUUGGAUUUUCAGCAAGUAGCAGUAGGAGAGCGGGUGACGAAAAGGUUUUCCGUCAAAAACAUUUCAGAAGAAUCAUUAGAGAUGAGAUCAUCAUUGCUGGAUAUAUAUGGACCCUUUUCACUUCUGAACUCUCUCAGAGGUGUAGGACCCGGAGAGCAACACACCCUCGUGUUGGCCUUCUGUCCUACAUUGGAAAAAAAGUACUGUGAGACUUUGGAGGUGCGUUGUCAGAAGAUGACCCUAGCCGUGACUCUGCGUGGUGAGGGAGUGGUACCUGCUAUCACCUCCUCCCACUCUGGAGGUCUCCUGGACUUUGGUUACGUGCUGGAGAAGGAGAGCACCUCAUAUGUCCUGAAGCUCCAGAACAGCUCGGCUGUUGCAGUGGGUUUCAAGGCGAUGUUGUACAGUCUCUCGCUCUCCAAGACUAAGGGUGCUGAUGAGAGGGUGGCCCUGCUCUUGGGUGGUUACACAAACUCCAAAAUCCAGCCUGUGGUCGGGACGCAGAACUACAAUGGACUUAGUGUUUUCAGUGUUCUGCCUGUGGAGGGAAGCAUUGCCGCAAGACAAAGCCAGGACGUCGUCGUCACAUUUCAUCCUGAUCACCCCUCCGCCAACUAUUCUGAUCAACUCACCAUUGAACUUGUCAAUAAGAGUAAAUUGUGUGUGCUGGAUCUGCGAGGUGCAGCAUCUUCACACAAUAUGUAUCUGCUUGGAGGGGAGCCACUGACAGUUCCGAUUGAAUCCCUUCUUCCUCCACUAAUAACCAGUCAGACUCACCUCGCAGGACAAUCAGAUGAGAUGGAAAUCCAAGUGCUGGUCACCCUGCUAGCCAGCUACAGCAUGGGGACCAUCAGACCCGCCGUCAAAAAUCUGGAAGUCGGCUGCAUACGGGCCAGUAAGAAGGGGAAUGACUUUAACUGGGACAACAUGGCAUCUCUGCAGCAAAUGGGCUUCAAUGUGGAGCCCAGCAAAGGCAACGUAGAAGCAGGUACCAGACGCACCAUCAAGCUCACGUGGAUCCCACAGAGUGGACAUAAGCCCAAUGAAGUGGUGCAGACGUGUGCCCCUCUCACGUUAAAAGGUGAUGAAACGAGGGUGUACAGCGUCACCCUCAUUGCUUUGGUCUCCACUCAUGUCGACUGAUUCAUUUUUUCGUGGAUUCUUUUUCCCAAAAAAAUAGUGAUGUAUUUGAGAGCGAGACUGAACAAUUGGAAACCACAAUGUUUUGCCCUACUCAUGUAGAUAAUACUAAAAUUAAGACAAAUUCUCAAUGGAAUGUGGUGGUAUCCUCCACAAUUGCAGAAUACAACCAAAAUAAACAUUUGAACAGAAACUGUCUAUUAUUAUCUUUAUAACUGUUUGAAGCAGCUCUUCGAUUAGAAUCAUGUCAUGUAGGCGUACCUCAUGAAGUGGCUGUUGAGUACUACUUUCCGAACAAUUUAGUAACAGGAAACAUCACACGUUACUAUUAUUAUUAUCCAUCCAUUUUCCAAUCCUCGGACGUGCUGGAGCCUAUCGCAGCCAUCAUCAGGCAGUAGGCGGGGUACACUGAUUGCUUGCCAGCCAGUCGCAGGGCAAACAUAGAUGAACAACCAUUCGCGCUCACACUCACACUACGGAACAAUUUUGAGUGUUCCAUUAACCUGUCAUGCAUGUUUUUGGAAUCUGGGAGUAAAUCGGAGUACCCGGAGAAAACCCACACAGGCACGGGGAGAACAUGCAAACUCCACACAGGGAGGCCGCAGCUGGAAUCGAACCCCGCACUUCUGCACUGUGAGGCUGACGCGGUAACCAGUCGACCACGCCCUUAUUAUUUUUAUUAUUUAUAAUUAUUUACAGGACUAUAGGACCAAAAUGACCAUGCAUUAUUUACGGACAGGUAAACCUCACAAUGUUUUCCAAUUGUGCAAGAGAUUCCUUAACUCCUUUAUCGACAUCUGCAUUAAUCGAAUGUUAAGUGUACGCAAUUCCUUUGUACCCAGCAAUGGCUUCUUGGAAAUCAGUUAAGUAUUCUCUGUAGUACUCAUCUUUAUUCCGGAAAACUUGUCUGAGGUAAUAAGGUGACUCAACGCUUGUUGCAUUUUGUUUUACUGAACCAUACAAGACAUCUGUAAAGCUGCCUCUUAACUGCCUUCCUUUUCAGCAGUAAAGGAAAUUGUGACAACA